CCGAUCGAUCACCCAAAUUUUGACAGAUAACCAUAUUUUUACUUUGCCUUUUUUGCCACUUCAUAUGAAGAUGAUCACAACCAUAUAAUUAACUUUCAAGAACCAAGAAAAAAAAAAAGAAAAAAGAAAAAAAAAAAAAGGAAAAUCUCAACUGUAUUUUCUUGUGGUUAUGGAUCACAGUGCUCAUCAUGACAAAUUAAAUAUUUUAUUAAAGCAGUGUCUCUAUAUAUACAGAUAUAUGAUGUAUGGUGAGAAAUUAAGUAGAGCCUGCAAAUUAAACUUAGUUUUGGUUCUUCUGCAAAUAUUCUGCCUUGAUAUAUAUAUAUAGAAUAAUUAAAUCGAUCAGUUCGCAAGAAGAAUCUUGUACCAUGGGGAGAAAAGAUAGUACUCUAGAAAUGGAAGAGCUUGAAGAUGAAGAGGAGAUGGAAUAUUCCAUGGGGAAAUUGAUCAGGCAAGCUUCUCUCAACACUUCUAAUUCAGACAACAACAUCAUCAUGCCUCACAGAACUAAUAAUUAUAAGAUAUCGAGGCAUGGAUCAUUAACAAGGCCUCAAAGCCAAAAGAUGAAUCAGCUUAAGACACAGAGGAGCUUAAGUAGCAGUGCAGAGAAAACUAAUAAGAGAUCAACGGACGAGAUCAAGGCGCAGAUCAAGUUUUGGGCCAGGGCUGUGGCGUCUAAUGUGCGCCACGAAUCUUGAUGCUAAACUAAGCAUAGUUUCUUAAUUUAAUUCAAUAGAAUAUAUAUAUAUAUAUAUAUAUAUAAGAUUUUUGUUUCAUUUGAUUGGUAAGAUUAGCAAGCGAUUAACUAAAAUAUUUGAACUUUAUUAAAUGUUAAUUAGAAGUUUGGGAAAUUGUUUAUUCGCUUACACGAUCCAAUAAUACAAUUGUGUUUAAUCUUGUAUCUCGAGAACCAAAAAUAAAGUUUAUCGGGCAUGCAUUUAAGUACUUUAUCGGAAAGCGUUUAUAGGCUUGAAAUGUAACUCAUUAUAUUUUUUUGAUUUUAUAUUAUUUGAAACUCGAUGCCUGUAAAAUUCGCAGGCCUUAUUCG